AUGAAACCAAAUCGCUGCGUUGAAAUUAUGACGUUAAUGAAGCAACGUCUUUAUGGGAUGAGCUCUGUUACACCUCCACAUCUUGUUGACUUGUUAUUUAAGGAAUGUCCCCACCGCAAACCGACCUUCACCGUUCCUUGCCCUUUGCCGCCUAGGGCCAACAAGAGCAACCUGUGCCAGAUGCCGACACAAGGCGGUGAAGCAACGUUUCAAUGUCUCAGUAUGUUUACGCCUAGACUCCAUGUUCUUCCUUCCUUCCUUCCUUCCUUCCUUCCUUCCUUCCUUCCUUCCUUCUUUUUCUUAUUUUCUUUUUUAUUUCAGUUUAUCAAUUUCCAUGUCCUUCCUUCCUUCCUUCCUUCCUUCCUUCCUUCCUUUAAACAUUUUUUUCUUUCUUUUCUUAUUUUUUUUUUCUUUUAUUUCUUUAAAUUUCCUUCCUUCCUUCCUUCCUUCCUUCCUUCCUUCCUUCCUUCCUUUUUUCCUUCCUUCCCAAGGUUUAUCAGACUUUUCCUUCCUUCCUUUCUUCCUUUUUUAAAUUUUUUUUCUUUCUUAUUCUUUUAUAUUUAUCAGACUCCAUUUCCUUCCUUCCUUCCUUCCUUCUUUUCAUUUUUCUUUUCUUUUUUCUGGAUUUUUUCAUUUUUACUCCUUUCCUUCUUUUCCUUCCAUUCCUUCUUUUCUUUCCUUCCUUCUUUUUUUCUUUCAGACUCCAUUUUCUUUUCCUUCCUUCCUUCCUUCCUUCCUUCUUUUCUUUCUUUUCCUUUUUUUUAUAGUUCUUUUUUUCAGACUCCAUAUCCUUCCUUCCUUCCUUCCUUCCUUCUUUCCUUCCUUCCUUCCUUCCUUCUUUUUAUUGGACUUUUUCAGUUUCCUUCAGACUCCAUGCCCCCCUUUCUUCCUUUUCCUUCCUUCCUUCCUUCCUUCUUUCUUCUUUUAUUUUCUUUUUUUUUUCCUUUUCCUUCCUUUUCCUUCCUUCCUUCCUUCCUUCCUUCCUCUUUCCUUUCUUUCUUCUUUCCUUUUAUUCCUUUUUUUCCUUCAGUUUUUUCUUCCUUUCUUCCUUCCUUCCUUCCUUCCUUCCUUCCUUUUUUCCUUUUUUUUCCUUCUCUUAGUUUUUUCAGUUUUUCUUCCUUUUUCCUUCCUUCCUUCCUUCCUUCCUUCCUUCCUUCCUUCCUUCCAUUCUUCUUUCUUCCUUAUUCUUUUAUCUUUCAGUUUAUUCCUUCCAUGUUUCUUUCUUUCUCCUUUUUCCUUCCUUCCUUUUUUCCUUCCUUCCUUCCUUUCCUUUUUUCCUUCCUUCCUUCCUUUCCUUCCUUUUCAUUUUUUUUUUUUAUUCCUUAUUCCUUUUUCCUUUUUCCUUCUUUUUUUCCUUCCUUCCUUCCUUCCUUUUUCCUUUUUUCUUUCUUUCUUAUUCAUUCUUUUUUUUUUUUCCUUCCUCCAUGUCCUUCCUUUUCCUUCCUUCCUUCCUUCUUUCCUUUCCUUUUUUUUUUUUCUUUUCUUCAUUUUUCCUUCCUUCCUUCCUUCCUUCCUUCCUUCCUUUCUUCCUUAUUCACUUUUAUAGUUCAGUUUAUUUAUUUCCUUCCUUCCUUCCUUCCUUCUUUUUUCUUUCUUUCUUUCUUAUUCACUUUUAUAGUUCAGUUUAUCAGACUCCAUGUCCUUCCUUCCUUCCUUCCUUCCUUUCUUUCUUUCUUUCUUUCUUUCUUAUUCACUUUUAUAUUUCAGUUUAUCAGACUCCAUGUCCUUCCUUCCUUCCUUUUCCUUCUUUCCUUCCUUCCUUUCUUAUUCUUUUUUAUAGUUUUAUUUUCAGACUUUUUUCCUAUUAUUCAUUCUUCUUUUAUCUUAUUAACUUUUUCAGUUUAUCAGACUUUUUCCUUCCUUCCUUCCUUCCUUCCUUCCAAAUUCUUCUUUUUUUCAUUUUUUUUUAUUUUCUUUUUUUUCCUUCCUUCUUCCUUUAUUCCUUCUUCAUUCUUCUUUUGUUUAAUAUUCUUUUAUAUUUCUUUUUUAUCCUUCUUUUUUCCUUCCUUUUUUUCUUUCCUUCCUUCCUUUAUUUCCUUUUUUUUUAUUUCCAGUUUUCUUUUCCUUCCUUUUUCUUCAUUUUUUUCUUUUUUUUUUCUUUUCACUUUUUUUUCAGUUUAUCAGACUCCUAUGUCCUUCUUCCUUCCUUCUUUUCCUUUCUUUCUUUCUUUUCACAUUUAUUUUUUUUUUCAGACUUUUCAUCUUCCUUCCUUCCUUCUUUUUUUUCUUUCUUAUUCACUUUUAUUUUUCAGUUUAUCUAACUUCAUUCCUUCCUUCCUUCCUUUCUUUAUUUUCCUUUUCUUUUUAGUUUUUUUUUUCAUUUUCUUUCUUUUCUUUUCUUUCUUUCUUAUUUUCCUUAGUUCAGUUUAUCAGACUCCAUUUCCUUCCUUCCUUCCUUCCUUCCUUCCUUUCCUUUCUUUUUUUUCUUUCUCAGACUUCCUUCUUCCUUCCUUCCUUUUUUUUUCUUUCUUUUUAUUUUUAGUUCAGUUUUCUUUCCUUCCUUCCUUCCUUCCUUCCUUCUUUCCUUCCUUCUUAUUCACUUUUUAUAGUUUUUUUCAGACUUUCCUUCCUUCCUUCCUUCUUCCUUCCUUCCUUCCUUCCUUCCUUCCUUCCAUUCCUUCUUUCUUCAUUUUCUUUAUUCAUGUUUUUCCUUCCUUCCUUUCCUUUCUUCUUCCUUUUUAUUUAUCUUUUAUAGUUCAGUUUAUCAGACUCAUUUCCUUCCUUCCUUCCUUCCUUCCUUUUUCUUUCUUCUUCCUUUCUUUCUUAAUUUUUUAUAGUUCAGUUUAUCAGACUCACAUUUCCUUCUUCCUUCCUUCCUUCCUUCCUUCCUUCCUUCCUUCUUUCUUUCUUAUUUCACUUUUAUAUUUCAGUUUAUCAGACUCCAUGUUCUUCCUUCCUUCCUUCCUUCCUUCCUUCCUUCCUUUCUUAUUCACUUUUAUAUUUCAGUUUAUCAGACUCCAUGUCCUUCCUUCCUUCCUUCCUUCCUUCCUUCCCUUCAGACUCAUUUCUUUUCCUUCCUUCCUUCCUUCUUCUUUCUUUCUUAUUCACUUUUAUAGUUCAGUUUAUCAGACUCCAUGUCCUUCCUUCCUUCCUUCCUUUUUUUUCUUUCUUUCUUAUUCACUUUUAUAUUUAUCAGACUCCAUUCCUUUUUCCUUCCUUCCUUCAUUUUUUCCUUCCUUCCUUUUCUUUUUUUCUUACUUUUAUAGUUCAGUUUUUCAGACUCCAUGUCCUUCCUUCCUUCCUUCCUCUUCCUUCUUUUUUUCCAUUUUUCUUUCUUUCUCUUUCUUAUUCACUUUUACUCUUCCUUCUUUUUUCUUUUUUUCUUUCUUCUAUUCCAUAGUUCUUUUCCUUUUCCUUCUUUCCUUUCUUUUUUUUCUUUUUUCCUUUUUCCUUCUUUAUUCACUUUUUAUAGUUCAGUUUAUCAGACUCCAUUGUCCUUCCUUCCUUCCUUCAUUCCUUUUUUCUUUCUUUUUUUUAUUCACUUUUUAUAGUUCAGUUCCUUUUUUCCAUGUCCCCCAUCCUUCUUUUCUUUUUCACUUUUCUUUCUUAUUUCAUUUUAUUUAUUUCUCCUUUCUUCCUUUUUCCCUUUUCUUUUCAUAUUUUAUAGUUCUUUUUUUCCUUCCUUCCUUCCUUCCUUUUUUUUCUUUCUUUUUAUUCACUUUUUAUAGUUCAGUUUUAUCGUCCUUCCUUCCUUCCUUCCUUCCUUCCUUUUCUUUUUUCCUUCCUUCCAUUUCCUUCCUUUCCAUUCUUAUAGUUCCUUUUUCAAAAUUCCUUCCUUCCUUCCUUCCUUCUUCCAUUUUCUUCCUUUUACUUCAGACUCAUACUCCAUUUUCUUCCAUCCUUCCUUCCUUCCUUCCUUCCUUCCUUCCUUCCAUUCUUCUUUCUUUCUUAUUCACUUUUAUAGUUCAGUUUAUCAGACUCCAUGUCCCCCCGUCCUUCCUUCCUUCCUUAUUCACUUUUAUAGUUCAGUUUAUCAGACUCCAUGUCCUUCCUUCCUUCCUUCCUUCCUUCUUUCUUAUUCACUUUUAUAGUUCAGUUUAUCAGACUCUAUGUCCCCCCGUCCUUCCUUCCUUCCUUCCACUCCAUUUCCUUCCUUCCUUCCUUCCUUCCUUCCUUCCUUCCUUCCAUUCUUCUUUCUUUCUUAUUCACUUUUAUAGUUCAUUCUUUAUCAAACUUCCAUUUCCUUCCUUCCUUCCUUCCUUCCUUCCUUCCAUUCUUCUUUCUUUCUUAUUCACUUUUAUAGUUCAGUUUAUCAGACUCCAUGUCCUUCCUUCCUUCCAUCCUUCCUUCCAUUCUUCUUUCUUUCUCAUUCACUUUUAUAAUUCAGUUUAUCAGACUCCAUGUCCCCCGUCCUUCCUUCCUUCCUUCCUUCUUCACUUUUAUAGUUCAGUUUAUCAGACUCCAUGUCCCCCCGUCCUUCCUUCCUUCCUUAUUCACUUUUAUAGUUCAGUUUAUCAGACUCCAUGUCCCCCCGUCCUUCCUUCCUUCCUUCCUUAUUUUUUUUAUAGUUCAGUUUAUCAGACUCUAUGUCCUUUCUUUCUUUUUCUUUCUUUCUUUAUCUUUUUCCAUCUUUCUCUCUCACUGAAUAGUACUUACCUUUCUUUCUUUUAUUUUUCACUCUUUCUUUCUUUCUGUUUUUAUCUUUUUUCAUUUUCCUUUUUUCUCACUACUAGUACUUGUCUUUCUUUCUUUCUUUCUUUCUUUCUUUCUUUCUUUGUACACGUUCUUUCUUUUAUCAUUUCAUUCCCCCUUUCUUUCCGUCACACUAUCUUUCUUUCUUUCUUUCUUUCUUUCUUUUAUCAUUUUAUUACAGUAUAUUUUUCAACUUUAUUGUAUCUAUCUAUCUAUCUAUCUAUCUAUCUAUCUAUCUAUCUAUCUCAGUCUGUUUCGCAUCUAUCUAUCUAUCUAUCUAGGAACGCGACUAUCUAUCUAUCUAUCUAUCUAUCUAUCUAUCUAUCUAUCACUAGUGUAACAAGUCAUGUAACUCCGCAGUCGGCCUGGAAUGUCACCUUUGGGGUCAUGCACGAGAGAGGUGAAUCUAUCUAUCUAUCUAUCUAUCUAUCUAUCUAUCUAUCUAUCUAUCUAUCUAUCUAUCUUAUUCUGAUCAUUAUCUAUCUUCAAAAAUUUAUUGCUGUCGACAAAAUAAUAAUAAAAAACAACAACGCGCAUGCGCAAAAUUCAAAAUAUCAAAUGGCGACAAUUUACCCAUCGCACAAUCUAUCUAUCUAUCUAUCUAUCUAUCUAUCUAUCUAUCUAUCUAUACAGUCCUUUGAGCCCUUUGCCUUUUCUUUAUUUCAUUCCCUCUUCUUUUUCUCCCACUUUAUAGUUGAAUCAGAAGUGUCGCCAAAAAUCUACGAGAUCUCGCCGAUACGAGAUGAACUUAUCUAUCUAUCUAUCUAUCUAUCUAUCUAUCUAUGUUAA